AUGCAAUCAUCUAAGAGAAAAGUGAGCCCACAGGAGGAGGCUCCAGAUAAGGAAAAUGCCAAGAGACCGGCCAUUACAGGGCUGCUCGAUGCCUCCAUCGCCUCUAGAUUUCUUCGGAUCCAAUCAUCACCCAUACACGAGUUUGUUGUUCAAAUGGCACAGCAACUUCUGGAGGCGCUCCAAGCUUCUACAGUUGUCGAGGAUGGAACAUUUAAUGACUCUGCAUUCGAGCAUUUUGCUCUGGUUAUGAGAAUAUGGAGAAAUGAGGUGUUCAAUUGCGGGAUUCAAGGAAUGUUUGUCAAGGGUUGCGUUGUUUCCGACAUCAUAGACAAACUUUCGAAUGAAGUGGAAAAUGAACAAAUUGGAGAACGUAUGUGCCGUAUGAAGGCAGAUCACAACUUGAGUGAUAUAAUUCUCCAACUCAAAAGGCCUCCUGCUACAAUGAUAAGGGGACUUUUGAUCAUUUUACUUGGGUAUUGGACUGCCUUUGGGUUGUGUUUUGAUGGAGACUGUGGACAUAAAGGGCAUAAAGUUGCAGAAGAUGGAUAUGGGAUUAUCGAAAGAGAUAUUGUGAGUGACAUGAAGAUUGGUACACGGACUCCCAUUCAGAUGCUUGAAGAUGAAUCAUUCAUUGAGGAGUUGGCCCAUGACUUAAAGCAAGAUUCCCGCCUUUUUGGAAAAGCACAACAAUGUAUGGAAUUCCUUCACAUCUUUGAUCCUAAAGAUGAUGGGUCUUUGUUUUCCGCAAAACUACAUCAUGAUUUAGCCCAUGAAGUUUUGGAGGAUCCCGAUUUUAUUCAAUUGCUUGUCAAGAGUCUUCAGAGGGACUUUUACGGCCGUGGGUUAGUAGAUAACAGAUAUGGCAAACGAGCUAAGGUUAAGAAUGAUGAUGUGUUGGCUACAGUUACAAAUAUCGUUAAAGAUCUUGGCUGCCAUCAAUACAAGGAUCAGAUUGAAAAGAACGAAGUUUGUGCUGUGAGAGUUUUUUUGACGAGACUGAUUGCAAGAGCUGAUGCUUGGAAAGCUACGGGUUAUGAUGAUGUAGAAGCUAAAAUCUGUUAUGUUACUAGAUUUGCUGGUGAUUUGAAGGGCUUGAGGGAAGAGUUGGAUAAAGUAUACGGUACUAGACCUUAUAAGCACAUUUUUUAUGAGCUUAAGAUAAUGCAAUUUAGGCCGGAGGUUAGUGCUAGAAGAAAGCAGUUCGACGUCAAAGUGAAAAUUAAAGCACAUUUGUACAACGGCUUGUGCCCAUGUUCCACUGGCAAGACCAUCUAA